AUGUGUGCUUCUGGGCCAAUGGAUAUGAGGUUCAGCACAAGACUGGGAGUGAGGUUGCAAAUGAAACUGUUCAGCAUCAAGAGAAACAUGGUCUUGGCGUUAAUAGAAGUAUCAAGACUCAAUGGCAGCUCAAGAAAAACCUUACUCUACAAAUAUUUGGAUCGCCCCCGAGGGUUAGCAGUGCACCCUCUAAAUGGACACCUGUAUUUCUCAGACUGGGGAGUAAGUCCUGUAAUAGAACGUAGUGAUCUGGAUGGCAAGAACAGGAAGGUCCUGGUUGACCGCCUUGGAUGGCCAAACAGUUUGACCAUAGACUAUGAAGACGGCAGGCUCUACUGGUGCGAUGCCUGCUUUGACCACAUAGAGUCGACAGGCUUAGAUGGACAGGAGAGAAGGGUGGUUGUAAGGAAUGUUCCCCAUCCAUUCUCGAUUACGGUACUACAGCAAAGAAUAUACUGGACAGACUGGGACACUACACAUCUUCAUUACGCAAACAAAUGGGAUGGUGGACAUCAGGGACAACUCCUCAACUAUGAGGGCAUGAUGGGAAUUGUUGCCAUGGCAGCAUCACGACAACAAGGUACCAAUGCAUGUUCUGCAGAUAAUGGAGGUUGUAGUCAUCUUUGUUUUGCUAAACCUGGCAGCCAUUUUGUCUGUUCUUGUCCAGAAGGGAUGACAGUGAAGGAAAAAACUUGUGAACCAUGGUAUGGCAUAUGUCUUGCCCACUAUUACUUUGGCAGUUGGGUGACAACAGAGGGAUUAGAAUAG